CCCUUUCAGUCCGCGUGGUAAGUUUGGAACAGAACUUUAGUACCGGCCGUUAGUCGAAUUUUAACUGCCAACGGUUUUCUCUUGUGGAGUCGGUUGGGAAACGACCGAAAAAAGAUAGCCCAAUUAAUAAAUACUGGCAUUUCAGAUAAUAUACCCGCUUGGCACAUUUACGAGCCGGUAACUCGCCCUAUUUGCAGUCUGUCCAACCGAGCUGUCUCCUGUCAUUUUCCCAGCUAUAGCUUAGGUAAAGCCGGUGGUUUGGUUUCGUACAACGCCGUUAGCGCCCUUGUCCGACAUGUCAGAAGAAUUAGAGAACAUCUUGUUUCAACUGACACAGCCUGAUAAUGCUGCUAUCCAGAAGGCCACAGCUCAGCUGAAACAGGCUUUUAAAGACCCAGCUAUCAUUCCAGCAUUAUGUGCAGUUAUGACUGGAUCCCAAAAUCCACAGAUCCGGCAGUCCGCUGCAGUGAUGUUGAGAAUGAGAGUAAAGAAACACUGGAAGAAAAUCAGUCCAGAGCACAGAGAGAGUUUGAAGGCAGUGGUCUUGCAAGCAUUCCACCAAGAAACCGAGCAUGUAGUUCGUCACUCUCUCUCUCAACUGAGUGCAGUGAUGGUGAAACAUGAAACACCCGACCGGUGGCCUGCCCUACUCACGCUGCUAAAUGAGUCCACCAAAAGCAACAAUCCUCAGGACAGACAGGUGGGUCUGCUGCUGCUAAGCAAAGUAGUGGACUCCAAUCCUGAGGCCUUCAAGCCGCACUACAAACAACUGCUCCAGCUGUUUGGCAACGUGCUUCAGGAUGUGACUAACACCACUGCAUCAUACUACUGUAUCCUCACACUUACUGCCAUCACAUCUUACACAGGCACAGAGGAGAUGAAUCUGAUGCGCUCAUUGAUUCCCAGACUGAUAAUUGCUCUGAAACACCUAAUCCAGGCUGACCAGAAUCAGGCUGCCGAGGCAAUGGAGGUGUUCGAUGAGUUGUUGGAGAGUGAAGUUUCCGUUCUGGUCCCACACAUUGCAGAGCUUGUUCGCUUCUGUUUGGAGGUUAGCUCAGAUGUUUCACUCUCUGAUUCUCUGCGUGUCAAGGCUCUGUCUUGUAUUGCCCUCCUCAUUAGACUCAAGAGCAAGGCUGUGCUGAAGCAGAACCUAUUGGCUCCAAUCCUGCAGGUUGUGUUCCCUAUUAUGAGUGCAACACCACCCCCUGGAGAGGAGGACCCAGAAGAUGAGGAGAACAGCGAUGGCAAUAAUGAUAGUGAGAGCCCCAAACACUUUGCUACUCAGGUGAUUGAUACAAUGGCUCUUCAUAUGCCACCAGAGAAACUUUUCAAACAACUGAUGCCUCUGACUCAGGCUUGCCUGGCCAGUGAGAACCCAUAUGAGAGGAAAGGAGGACUCUUGUGCUUAGCAGUGUUGGCAGAGGGCUGUGCAGACCACAUUCGUACCAAGAUGCUGUCGUCUGUACUGCAGACUGUGUGUCGCAGUUUAUCUGACAGCAAUCAGGUGGUACGCAGUGCAGGCCUUUUUGCUCUGGGUCAGUUCUCUGAGCACUUGCAGCCCGAUGUCAGUAAAUACCACACGGAGCUGAUGCCACUGUUACUAGGAUACAUGUCCUCUCUGAAUGAAGCCAAAAUUGGCCAUGUCACCAAGGCUUUUUAUGCCCUUGAGAACUUUCUAGAAAACCUGGAUGAUGAUAUAGAGUCCUAUCUGCCCACUCUCAUGGAGACCAUGCUGUCAGCCCUUCACAACACAGACAACCUCAAACUAAAGGAGCUUGCUGUCAGUGCUAUAGGAGCUAUAGCUAAUGCUGCCAAAGAGAUGCUCGUGCCAUAUUUCCCCCCUAUAAUAGAGAGUUUGAAGGGUUUCUUGACAGAUAUACAGGAGGAAAUGAGGUCAUUGCAAACCCAGGCCUUAGACACUCUGUCUGUAUUGGCCCGAACCAUUGGUAAGGAUGUGUUCAGUCCAUUGGCUGCAGAGUGUGUGCAGCUGGGUCUGAAGCUCACUGAUGCUGUGGACGAUCCUGAUCUGCGGCGGUGCACGUACAGCUUGUUCUCAGCUGUGUCAACAGUGAGCCCGGAGAGUCUUAUUCCUCAUCUCACUGCCAUCACCACACUGAUGCUAAUGUCACUAAAAUCCACAGAAGGUGUUACGGCUCAUGUUGAGGAGGACAAGCAGUUUGUUCUUCUGGAUGAUGAUGAUGAUGAUGACGAAGAGGAAGAUAGUGUGUUGGAGGAAGAUGGAGAGAAUGAAGUGGACAAUGUUGCUGGCUUCAGUGUGGAAAAUGCAUACAUUGAUGAGAAAGAAGAUGCUUGUGAUGCUCUGGGAGAAAUUGCCUUUAGCACUGGUGCUGCUUUCCAGCCUUUCCUAGAGUCAAGUUUCGAGCAGGUCUAUGAGCUGCGUGAUUUCCCACAUGAGGAUGUGAGGAAAGCUGCAUUUGGUGCCAUGGGCCAGUUCUGCCGUGCUCAGCAUAAAGUCUGGCAGGAAAAUCCUACUGAAGCCAACCACAAGGCGCUGCAUAAGCUGCUUGAGGUGGUGCUGCCUUGCUUCCUGCAAGUCGUGAAGCAGGAGCAUGAGCGGCAGGUGGUCAUGGGCGUGCUAGAGGCUAUGAAUGCUAUCAUUAAGUCAUGCCAAGGAGAGGCGUUACAUACCCCUGGCAGAUUGGAGGAAAUCAGCCAUGCCAUCAGAGACGUGUUGAAAAAGAAGACUGUUUGUCAGGAUGGAGGAGGGGAUGAGGCAGAUGAUGAUGAACAACAGGCGGAGUAUGAUGCCAUGCUGCAGGAGUUUGCUGGGGAGGGAAUUCCUAUCCUAGCUUCAGCUGUUCCUGCAGAGACCUUCUAUACUCACCUCAAUGACCUACUUCCCUUCAUUAUGAACAAAGCUAAGCCUUCUUGCACCGUGGCAGACCGCUCCUUCUCUGUUGGCACACUUGCUGAAACCCUGCACUCCCUAGUAAGUGUGGCUGGAGGCAGGGCAGUUGCAGGGCGCUUGUCCAAUCGCCUGCUGCCUGUGCUUGUGGCUGGGGUUAAGGACAGUGAUGCAGAGGUGCGCAAUAACAGUGUGUACGGCCUGGGAGUCCUUGCUCAGGCUGCUGGACCCAUAGUCUCUACUGAUUACCCCAUGAUGCUGUCUCUGUUUUCCAACCUACUAUCCAAAGAGUCCGACAGAAGAGUGAUUGACAAUCUGUGUGCAGCUUUGUGUAGGAUGAUCAUGAGCCAUACAGAGGGAGUUCCACUCGAACAGGUGCUUCCUGCUCUUCUAGAUCGUCUUCCAUUGCAGGAAGACAUGGAGGAGAAUAAGACAAUAUACAGCUGCCUGGCUUUCCUCUACUCCCACAAUCCAGCCCUGAUUAUUACCCAUAUGAAGCCAAUACUGUCUGCUGUAACUCAUGUCCUGGGAACUAAGGAUAUUGAUGCAGAUACCCAGAAAACCCUGGUCGUGUUACUUAGAGACAUCGGCCAGCAAUACCCCCAGGAAUUUGAGAGUGCUGUGAUGUUACUUCCUGUUGAGCGGAGAACCAAGAUGUCUGCUGCUGUUGCUCAGUCAUAGCCCCCCACACAAGUGAAAGCCAACCCAUAUAGGAUUUUUUUUUUUGCUACAUGAAAGUUUAUUCAUGUAAAUGAACCAAAUGCACACUUCAGCACUUCCCCACUGAACUUUUUUUUCAGCAACAAUAUUCAGUGUUAUUUAUUUCAUUUAUUGUUAGUCAGAUUUUUUUUUUCUUCAUAACUGUUUAUCUUCAAGUCUAGUCUGCUGCUUCCCUAACAAAUCCAUAAGAUCCUGGAUUAUUGAGUGUAAACUUAUGAAUUAACCUUGCAGUGACACAAUCUUUAAUCCCUUGACUAUCACCUGCUUAUUGAACACUCUUAGCAAUGCUUCCACUGCAACCUAUUGUUCUAAGGAGAUACUCCAUUAAUUUUUAUGGAAAAAAACUAUUUAUGAAACAAGUUUUGAAUUUUAAAGGCUGUUUUAUACAGCAUGUUCAAAAAUGUAAUAUCCAGAAGCUGUAUCUCCUGGUUUACAUAAUGGUUCCAGUUUUUGGUCUGUUUCACACAGUUUAAUCUAAUUGUGUUCAGUAAUAAGUUUUCAUUGUUCAUUUUGCCUCAGCAAGCUAUACGUAAUCUAACAAACAGUUGACAUACCCAAUGCUAAGAAUGAUAUUAAAAUAAGUAUAAGCUGAAGGGAUGGAGAUUGGAGGUUUGUCUGUUUCUUUACUUGCAGUUGUAGCAAUCAGUUGUAACCACCUUCUGUUUUUUGUUUGUGUUUUGGAAUGUUGAAGAUUAUUCCUUCCUACACACAUAACGUAUAUGCAGGCAGUGUUUCAGUAAUGAGUAAGGUAUGGGCAAUAGGAUCUUGAUAAAAUAGCUGCAAGUUUGAAUAGCAAGGCCCUGAAAAAAUACAUUAUGGUGUUAGAUUG